AUUUCAGAGAGCCAGCUUUAUUGCCUUACCUUGGAUAAAAAAAACUAAAGACAAGAAUGAGUCUUAGUCACAGGUCACUCAAGGGGCUAGAACGCCAAGAGUAUAUCUACUGUGCAACUCUCGUCUUCCCCUCACAAUCGAGUAAAGACCAGACAGAGACAACAUGAAGAUGCAGAUGCUGGUGGUGUUGGCUGUAGCAGUCUUGGUGGUUCCCAGUCUGUCUGAGGGACGGAUCCUCUCAAAAUGUGAGCUGAAGAGCUUAUUGGAGGAGUCUGCCUUCAAAUUCAACCUGACUGAGAAAGCCAGAGAGAAGAACCUGACAAACGAGGACUUUGUGGCUAAAAUCGUCUGCCACGUAGAGAAGGCCACAGGUUUCAACACCAGUUUUGUGACUUCUUGGAGGGAUGAUGACGGCCCUGAUGACAGCCCUACCCUUCUUACCCACCCUGAGCACCCUCCUAGGAGGGGUAAGAGACACGCUGGGGAUUCUCACGGGGAUUCAUCCAGCGCUGAAAGUCAUCAGUUCAGGUCACCAAAAGAAGACUCCAGCAAGGAAGACUCCAGCAAGGAAGACUCCAGCAAGGAAGACUCCAGCAAGGAAGACUCCAGCAAAGAAGACUCCAGCGAAGAAGAGACCAUGUGGACCCUCUACGGCUUGUUCCAGCUGAGCGAUCAUGUGAUCUGUGCCAACGGCUCCACUCCGUCUCUGAACCUUUGCCAGAUGGACUGCAGUGCUUUGAUUGACGAUGACAUAAGUGAUGACUUGGACUGUGUGGAGACGAUCAAACAGACAGUGGAAAGUGGCCUUGGUGAACAUAAAAUGGCUCUAAUGAGAAUGUUUAAGCUGCUCUUACAGAAGGAAUGUGUCAAGACGGUUGCCUCUAGCUACUUCACAGAGUGUUGAAUGAGAAGCCAUGUAAGAUGACGACCCCACCAAAGUGUCCUUUGCACACUAAUCUUUCACUCUCUAAACAAUACUUUGAGUUACAUAGGGUGAAUUUACACUGGCAGCCCAAGUCUAAGCUUUCGCCCAAUUAACUGAUUGCAAAAAAAGAUCAAUGGCAAAAAUAUCAUAAUUGGGCUUCCUGUGUAAAUGCAGCCAUAGCGUGUAGCAAUUAGUUCUCAUCAGCCUCAUUUUCACAAAGU